UUUUGAGUGACGUUUGGUCGCUCGCGGCCCCUGUAGCGUCCCUAGUUACCAGGCCCCUAGUAACCACCACUCCAAGCAAGGAGCCGCCGGCUUCCCCGCCCCAGGCCAGCGCGGGCGCUAAGGCCUCGGAGGCGCGGUAAUGGCUGCCUCGCACCAAGCUGCGAAGCUGGCGGCUGGCAGUCUCCAAACCCCGGUCAGUCCCAACACCGGAGCGCAGAUCGCCCAGUACGAACGUAAAGACCCCUUAGAGUCCCUGUCUGCGGCCACGGCGGCCUUGGAGGAGGAGGAGGAAGAAGAAAAGGAGAAGGAAGAGGAGGAGAAGGCAGAGCGGCCGGCGCGGGCGCCGGCUGAUUUUAACACCGACGUUUCUGGGGUGAGUGAACAAAAACAGGAUUUUGUGAACUUUUCUGAUAUUUACUACUCUAAUGAAGAGUAUUUCAGGAAACUAGAAGAGCUGAAGGCUGCCCACAUGGAAACUAUGGCCAAGUUAGAGAAAAUGUACCAGAAUAAACUAAAUUUAAAGGAAGUUCAGCCAGUGGUCACCAGGGAAGAAGCUGCUAGUGUCUCUUCUAAGUCUGUAUCAGAAAAGAACUACUGUCCUGUCUCGUUAAUGACAUCGGUUUCAGAGCCUGAUUUAGGUGAGUCUUCCUCCUUGGUUGUAUCUUCCUCUGAAGAUGAGUCACCCAACUUAGAAAAGGAGUAUUCUGAGAAAAGCAGAAUGAUGACCUAUGCCAAGGAGCUCAUCAACAACAUGUGGACCAACUUCUCUGUUGAAGAUUAUAUUCAGUUUGAAGAUGCUGACUUGCCAGCACUUGAAAAAAUAAAAAAGAAACCAAAAGAAUGGGUUCCAAAGAUCACAAUACCUGAGCCUUUUCAAAUGAUGAUUAGAGAGCAGAAGAAAAAGGAAGAGAACAUGAAAUCUAAGUCAGAUGUUGAAAUGGUACGUAAACUGCUUAAAAAACAAGAAGAAGAAUUAGAGUGUAAGAAAAAAUUCCGAGCCAAUCCAGUUCCUGCAUUCAUUUUUCUUCCCCUUUAUCAUGAUGUAGUCAAGCAAAAUGAAGAACGGAGGAGGUCUAUGAGGGAGAAAUACAAAGAAGCUCUUUUGGCCUCACAAAGGCCGUUUAAGUUUAUGGCAAGAGAGGAACAGAAGCAAGCAAUUCGUGAAAAGCAGCUAAAAGACUUUUUUAAGUCUAAAAAGAAAACAAAUCGAUUCAAAGCCAGACCUGUCCCUCUAUCUACUUAUGGUUCAACUGUCAAAGACAAGUUAACAGAAGAUGAGUUUUAUAGAAACAUUAGGACACAGCGGAGAGCCCAAGAGUUAUUACAGAAUUCAUCCCCUCUGCCUUGCAGUCCAACUCGCAGAAGUUUUGCUGCAAGGAAGCCCAGGUGUCCUGAACAGGCUGAAAGGUCAAAGUAUAAACACAAAGUUAGGUGCCAGACUGCUGACUCUGAAGACCUUCCUAAGGGAUAUCAGAAAUACCACUCAGAACAGAAAUGUCCCAAACUCCUAACAGUCUGUGAACCGUCUGACCUUCAUACAGCCUCACAUGCCUCCACUAAAAGAGAGAAAAUUCUGGCAGACAUUGAAGCAGAUGAAGAAAAUUUAAAAGAAACACGUUGGCCUUAUCUUUCUCCAAGGCACAAAUCACCAGUAAGAAGUAUGAAUGCAAAGCCUGCAUCUUGUAGCUACAACCCUCCAAUGCCCACAGUGUCCUCUAGGGGAAGAGAGCAAGCCACAAGGAGAUCACUUGAGGAAAAGAAAAUGUUGGAAGAAGAGAGAAAUCGGAUCCUAACUAAGCAGAAGCAAAGAAUGAAAGAAUUGCAGAAACUUCUGACAACCCGGGCUAAGGCUUAUGACUCACAUCAAAGUCUAGCUCAGAUGUCUAAAUCCAGAGUAAAAUCUCUCAGAAAGAGUGAAAAGGAAAGGAUGAGAGAAUAUCGGCAAGAACUAGAAGAAAGAGAAGAAAAAUUAAAAAACAGGCCGCUGCUAUUUGAAAGAGUUGCUCAGAAAAAUGCAAGAAUGGCAGCAGAAAAGCAUUAUUCUAACACCUUAAAAGCACUAGGAAUAUCUGAUGAGUUUGUUUUAAAGAAAGGCCAAAGUGGAAAAAUAUUUGAGUACUUCAGCAGUCAAGAGAUGAAAAGUUUCACUGAAGAUAAAGAAAGCUUUAAUGAAGAUGAAAAAAUAGAAGAAAAAGAGAACAGGGAAGAAAAUUAUUUUACUGAUACCAACAGCCAAGGUUCUUGCAAGGAAAAAGACGAAGCUGAUGAAGAAAGUGGAGAAGAGAAAUCUGUUGGAGAAUAAAACAGAAUCCAUUGGCAGGGUCUCCUCUGUGCUGUGCUGCGCAGCGCAGCUGCAGUAUGGCGUUAAGGACAUAGAUGGGAACCGUCUGAUUUGUGCAGAGCAUGGAGCAGUCACCUUGUAGCCCGAAAGGGAAGAUUCCAGCAGAUUGGUCAUUUGGUCAGUUAGAGUAAGGCUUGGCCUAUUCAGUUCUUUAAAUCACUCCACAUGAUCUGUUGGCAGCUUUGAUCUUGUAUUUUUAAAAAGCACUUGAGAACACAGUUAUCACAAACUGAUUCAGUAUAAAAAUAUACAUUACUUCAUUAUUUUCGAUGGAAAAAAGGGGCUUUGCAUCGAGAGCAGAGAGCAGUAUUGGGCUUUUUCUGGAGAGCAUGAACCAAUAAAUAUUUUCAAGUUA